CGCUAAAGCUGUUGAUCGGGUAUUAACCGCAUUCAUUCUUCGUUGAUUGUCCACAAUGGUGACUGCCAAGAAACAGAAAAAAGCUCUGGAGAGCAUCAACUCCCGCCUGGCGUUGGUGAUGAAAUCCGGCAAGUACUGCCUGGGUUACAAGCAGACGCUUAAGACCCUCCGUCAGGGAAAGGCCAAGUUGAUCAUCAUCGCCAAUAAUACGCCGCACCUUCGCAAGUCGGAGAUUGAGUACUACGCCAUGUUGGCCAAGACGGGUGUGCACCACUACAAUGGCAACAACAUCGAGCUCGGAACCGCGUGCGGUAAAUACUUCCGCGUGUGCACUCUCUCGAUCACUGAUGCGGGAGAUUCCGAUAUUAUCCGCAGCCUGCCGGAGGCCCAGACUGGUGGACAGUAGAAUACAUCUUACUGUAAAUAUUCCGCUUCUCGGUGCCAGAAGUUACUCAUACGGACUGAAAUCACCGACGAUGUAUGAAAAUAAUAAAUUCUUGGUUAAGGCGUAAAAUCGGCCACGAUUUCACGUAAAACCACACUGAGCCUG